UCCACACUCUAUCGAAUCCCUUGUUUCUUUAUUUGAGAAAAUCCCAAAAAUGGGGAAAAACCCUAGAGAGAGGGAGAUACGGUUUCUGUAGAUUGAGAUUCGAUAGGAUCUAAUUUGAGAGAGAGAGAGGAGCGAUAGGACUCUGUGUAUCACAAGCGGAACCCUAGCUCUGGAACGCAGAGUUUCGCCGGUUGCGGUUCAGAGGCUCUCGUCCCCCGAAGAGAAGAGAUGAAGGGUCUGUUCAAGUCCAAGCCGAAGACGCCGGCUGACCUCGUCCGUCAAACUCGCGAUAUCCUAAUCUAUGUUGAUCGCAAUUUGAACACUCGCGAAACCAAGCGCGAAGAGAAGAUGGCGGAGUUAAAUAAGCUUAUCAGGGAGUUAAAGCAAAUUCUUUAUGGGAAUAGUGAAACUGAGCCAGUCUCCGAUGCUUGUGCGAAGUUGACCCAGGAGUUCUUUAAAGAGAACACGCUACGUCUAUUAAUUAUUUGUCUUCCAAAACUGAACUUGGAGGCCCGUAAAGAUGCCACUCAAGUUGUUGCAAAUUUGCAAAGGCAACAAGUCCAGUCACGGCUGAUUGCUUGUGAUUACUUGGAAGCAAACAAAGAUCUAAUGGAUAUUUUGGUAUCGGGUUAUGAGACGGACAUGGCUUUACAUUAUAGUGCAAUGCUGAGGGAAUGCAUACGCCAUCAGAGUGUUGCACGUUAUGUUCUGGAAUCAGAUCAUAUGAAGAAGUUUUUUGAUUAUAUACAACUUCCUAAUUUUGACAUUGCUGCAGAUGCUGCCGCGACUUUCAAGGAACUUUUGACGAGACAUAAAUCAACUGUUGCCGAAUUUCUUUCUAAAAACUAUGAUUGGUUUUUUGCAGAGUAUAAUUCAAAGCUGCUUGAAUCUACCAAUUACAUUACCAGGCGACAAGCUGUCAAGUUGUUGGGAGAUAUUUUACUCGAUCGGUCAAAUUCUGCUGUGAUGACCCGAUAUGUGUGCUCGAGGGAUAACUUGAGGAUUCUUAUGAAUCUCCUCAGAGAGUCGAGCAAGAGCAUUCAGGUAGAAGCAUUUCAUGUUUUUAAGUUAUUUGCUGCUAAUCAAAAUAAGCCCCCGGAUAUUGUCGGCAUUCUUGUUGCAAAUAGAAGCAAGCUCCUGCGUUUGUUUGCAGAUUUCAAGUUAGAUAAAGAGGAUGAACAGUUUGAGGCAGACAAAGCCCAAGUAGUUAAAGAAAUUGCUGCCCUUGAACCCAAAGACCUGCCAUGAACAAGCUCAGUUGUACUUGUAACUUUGAUGUUUUUCCUGAUUAGUUUGUGAAUUAAUAGUGUGUUUUCAUGGUGCUUGACACGGUGACCUUUUCUAUCAUUAAUAAAGUGUGUAUAUUUUUAUUCCUUGGUA